AUGGUCCGUGCCUAUCUGUCUGAUACCAAAUGCGGCUUGACACUUACCAGCAUCCUUCACACUGUUGCUAUGAAGAAGGGCCUGGAUGGUCCUGUAGCGGUUCUCACUCUAGUUAUGGUAGAGAUUGAGAACCCUACCUCAUCUUGGGGUCGACUUUUCAUCGAACGGGGAGUUGACGCAUUGGUGUCUCUGCUGGUAAACUUCAGCCCGUGCACUUUGAAACAUCCGGGAAUAAUUCUCGGACCCAUCACUCAGUGGUGUCGGGAAGAUCUGCUUAGUUGCAGACAGCUGCAUCGAACUGGAGAGAAACUUGCAAGAUGCCUUUGUGGUUAUGGAGGCGAGUCGAUGAGAGAUCUCCUCCUAUACAACGGUAGCUAUGAACCUGCUAUCCCUCCAAUUAUCCGAGUUGAUGGUAUACAAGGGGCGCUGCUAGGCGGGGGUAUCCGAUUAGACGUAUCAGUGCUAGCAAUAGCAGCUCCAAAGGGCAGCAGCCCUACUGUCCAACGCCAGUCGGUUGAGAAGAGACCAAUGAAGGCAUCGAAUGUCGCCUCUCCAGCUCGGCCGGAGCUGCACACGAGGAAGCCUAUCGGCGCUGUGUUGGAUAUCCCACCGUAUAUAGUGGCUGAGCAGCUCCUUAAUCCUCAAUGGGGCGUUCGGAUGGAAGCUCUCACCAGCAUCAAGUCUGCCCUCACAGACGGCGGUGUCUCCGGAUCGAGCAUCGUUGAGGAGCUGGGCAGUAGCCUUAGUGCAGUUGUCGAGAAGGAAACUCAUAAGGCGUGCCUUUCCUUGGCGCUGAAUGUUGUUUGUCUAGCCGUCAAGGCAGACCCUCUGUCCAAGUACUAA